AGUGAACUUCAUUUUAGAGCAAUUAGAGGUUAGCGGUCGUAGUCGUAGCCGUGGCCCUAGAGAAAGUAGUUCAACUGCAACAUGGCUUUCAACAGAGAUGAACACCAACACCUCAGAUUCAACCCCCUCAAGGCCGAAUGGCUGCUGGUGUCCCCGCACCGCGCCCUGCGCCCCUGGAGCGGCCAGGUCGAACCGCCCGCCCCCGACCGCGUGCCCCGCCACGACCCCGCCAACCCGCUGUGCCCGGGGGCGGUGCGCGCCAACGGCAAGAUCACCCCCCGCUACGACUCCACCUACGUCUUCCCCAACGAUUUCCCCGCGCUGCUGGAGGAGGGGCCGGAGCCGCCCCACAGCGAGGAGGACCCUUUGUUUAGGGCGAGGGCGGCCAAAGGGACUUGCAGGGUCAUCUGCUAUCAUCCCCAUUCCGAUGUGUAUUUGACAGGAUUGACGUUGGCUGAAGUGGUGGCUGUUAUUGACGAGUGGAUAAAACAAACUGUGGAAUUAGGCAAAAAAUACACCUGGGUGCAAAUCUUCGAGAACAGAGGCGCCAUGAUGGGCUGCUCCAACCCCCACCCCCACUGCCAAAUAUGGGCGUCCUCCUUCCUCCCAAACGAACCCAGAAUCAAGGACACCAACCUAAGGGACUACUACCAGAAACACCAAACCCCCAUGCUCAUCGACUACGCCAACAAGGAAAUCCAGAAAAAAGAACGAAUAGUAUACGAGAACGAACACUGGCUGGUGGUGGUACCCUACUGGGCCUUGUGGCCCUUCGAAACCAUGGUACUGCCCAAAAAGCAAGUGGAGCGCUUCCAGGACCUCAACCCCUGUCAAAAAACCACCCUGGCCCAGACCCUCCAGGUCCUGGUGGCCAAAUACGACAAUGUUUUCAAGUGCAACUUCCCCUAUUCGAUGGGGUGGCAUGGCGCCCCCACGGGGCAGUUUCUGGACGAGCCCCAACCCCAUUGGACGUUCCACGGCAUGUAUUUGCCGCCCUUGUUGCGCUCGGCUAGCGUGAGGAAGUUCAUGGUGGGGUACGAAUUGCUGGCUCAGGCUCAGAGGGAUCUGACGCCUGAGAAAGCGGCUGCCGUGCUCAGGGAGAUGCCCGAGAAGAGGUUCGCUUGAUUCCAGAUCAGACAUUCGGGAAGAAUGCGAUGUUCUACCACUUCCUCACUAGGCAAAGUUGAAAGCUAUGUUGAUGCAAUGUUGAAGCAAUAAGUGAAACGGACGUUCAGCAAUAUUGCGAAGGUGAAGUUUGAUAAUGAAGCAUUGCAGCAAUAUUACAUGUUGCUGUGACAUUGCUGGAACGUUACAUUUACAAAGUAACAUUUGCAAUGUUGCUGAUCACGUCUGUUUCAGUAAUUGCUUCAACCUUGCUUCAACAUAGCUUCCAAAUUUGCUUAGUGGGUCAGAAUCAGAAGAAUUAUAUUUUUCUAAGUUGUUGAUCAAAUAAAACGUGAAUCGCAAGUUGUUG